AUGGCUACCCCAAGCAGAGCCAAAACCACUGCUCAGAGCAGCGCUCUUCUCCUUGAGAAGCUGUCGACUGUACUGCCCAAAGGCUACCACUUCGGUGUCUAUCACCUUUCGACCCCUCCAACAAAGAGCGAAGCGCUAUAUUCAGCACCACCUGACGAGCGAGACGAUAAGACGUUCUGCGAGAAACAUUUCCUCGCCAUUUCGAUCGAUACCCGUCCGAGCACGGCCGAGAAAGAGGAACUGCCCAGGGAUAUCACGGCCAAGAAGAGCGACUCUAAGCAGGUCCUCAUCCUGGCUUUGGAGGUCUUUAUCUACACGACUGCCUACUCAAGCACCUUUUUCGUCGCAAAGGCCGACUCGACUGGAUACCUCAAGCUCCUAAACCUUCCAAAGGGCACCCCCUCUCCGAUCAAGGAGAUCAGCAGUGCCUUCGUUACAUACCUUGUUGAACAGCGCAGACGCCAGGGUAUCCAAUCAGUCGUGAGCCUUUUUGCCCGCGCCCAGAACCAAUAUCUGUUUCCUGGUAGCGUUGAUUACGCUGGCAAACAUGUCCUUGAUGACAGAGGCCUCGUUAAGUGGUGGUGCAAGGUGUUAGAUCCUCUUCUCGCAAAGCCUCCUGUCGGCAAGGGCGAGCCAUGGGGUAGCGUCAAAGGCUAUCUCGUCAUUCCCGGUCUCGAUGACUAUGAAACGAAGGCAUUUAUCCCAAAAUCACCAAACAGCACUGCUAAUUGGGUGCUGGGACAUGCCCUCGAGAAGAUAUCGCAUUAUACUAAGGAAUACGACUGGGUUCCUGCACGAUGCCUAAUUCCCCGAUUCCCUGAUGACCCAAAAUCACGUUUCCGUGAUGAACUGGACGAAGAAGCGGGCAAAUCGAAGCAACUGAAGACAACCGGAUUGUGGAAGAGCGUAAAGACACUCGAGACUUUCUGGGAAAUGAUGGCCUAUAGACAAGAAUGUUCGAGCGGGCGAUUGACGGGCUUCAUCUGGGUCGUCUUCGACCCGGAGCCCGAGAAGUCUGAGCAGCCUCGGCGUGAAAGUGCAUUGACAUCUCUUCCCACACCCAACCCUUCUUUCGAUGCGACAAACCCGCCAACAACGCCUUCCCGCCAGAAGGCUGUGCGGCCCAGCACGCCGAAAUCGACUCCGAGGAAACUGUUCCCCGUGUCGCCAUCCGGCACACCUUCGAAAAAGAAACCGGAGGAAAAGAAGAAGAACAAGAAGAAGAAGCUCAAGGGCAUUAUUAAGACCCGCCAACCACGCAUCAAGAAACAGCAGCGCAACUAUCUGUUGGAUAAGCCCAUCUCUAGCGCCUACUACUAUUGGCCGGCUGAAGGAAGAGGCCGGAAGAUCGUCGACGAGAAUGGGUAUAAGCGGGUCAAUGAGCUACUGCUCCACCUCGACUUCUCUAAGCCUGAACUCGCGACCGGUAGCACUCGCCGGUGGAUCAACGAGGUUGGCAUGGGAGAGUCGUGGGGCCUUGAAGUCGUCGGCAAGCGGGAGGUCCCUACGCCGUCAUCAAGCGGGUCGUCGGCUGGGGAAGUCAACAACCUCUCCGGGCUGAUUAAGCGUAAGCGACCUCAAGAGACGGCGGCGGCGGAUGCGUCGGAUGAGCCGGCGAACAAGGUUAAUGUCCUCAACACCGGGCUCAUUCGAAGGAAGCCCAAGGAAGAGAAAGCCGUGGAUGAAGCCCCGAAGACUGGCGAUGAGGCCCCGGUGGUCAAUGUCUUGGGCGCUGGAUUAGUUCGCAAGAAGCGCGAUGUGUGA